CCCACAGUCUGUUUCACACUCUCUCAUUUUUUCACUCUCCCUCUCUCUAAAAAUUGCGCCGUUCUUCUUCUUCUUCUUCUUCUUCUUCACUCCUUUGAGGUCUGAAUCCGAUUGAACUUCUGUAACUGACUCGCCGGAGUGAACCACCAGGGAAGUAGGCGACUACCGUCGGUCACUAACCUCCACAUUCGUGUACGAACCACCAACCACCAACCACGACAAGCAGACGACUAGAUUGAAGGCUCGCCGUCGUCGCUAAUUGAAGGAGAACGCUGCUCCGGUAGAACGGGGAACGACUCAACAUCAUUCUCGAAUUCAGGUGUUGACAUGGUGUUAGAUUAGUAUUUCACCAUUCUUCAAUCCUGGUUUAAUAAUCUGGUUUAAUAACCGUUUGGCCAUUAAGUUCAGUUGGAAACCCAAGUGAAGAAGGUACGAACGAAGUGACGGGCGCAACCACCGGAGAUACCUUCCGCCGACCUCUCACCUCCGACGCCUAGCACCACCAGCCGCCGUCUCCGGUCUCCUUUCAGUAUACAAUGGCCAAACGGUUUAGUAGGAGUCAAGGUGGCAGACCACUUACAAAGCUCAAGAGUACCGGAAAGGUUGUUAAGAAGAGUCGUCGAACCGAAAGCGAAGAUGCUGGAAACAAAUAUUCCGGUUCUGGUUCCCUAGAUGAUAGAUUCGAGGAUCAUGUGAAGACUAUAGCGUCUGAAGAUGGUGGUGAUGAGGAUGUAGAGGAAGAAAAUGAACAUGACGAAGAGGAGGUGGCGGAGUUUCAUAGCGAGCCUUCUAAUUAUGAUAAUCUACUUAAGACACUAGAAAAGACUAGCAACUCAUGUACUGAGAGGAAUCAGGAAAGAGAAAGACAAAACAAGGAUGGAAGUGAUUUUGAAGAAGAGAGUGAUUAUGAGUAUGAUGAAGAGGAUGAUUUUAACGGCUCAGAUGAUAACAUUGGAAGAAAUAGUGCGAUGGGUGAUGCCAUUAGAUCUAGUGAUGAUGAGACCACUGAUUUAGUAGAUGAUGAUGUCUCGGAUGCAGAGAAUGGAUCAAAAGAAGACAAUACCAAACUUUCUAGUUCAUCCCAAAGCCAAAGUAACUUCAGGGUUCAUAUAACCCACAAACUGUCAACGGAAGAUAUCGAAAAAUUAUUGAAGCGGAAAUGGAAAUAUAGAUGGAAUAUGCCUGCCUUAGACUCGAGCAAUUGUAUAUGGAUGGGCACUGGAGAUUGUUUUCAGAAGGAUACCAUUGCUGCCCCUUACGGUGUCAAAUUAAAGUUGUACAAGCACUGGUUGGAGGUCUACAAUAAAUCUGGGGGCAACAAUUUUCAGUCUUCAAGGCAAAGAAUGUUUUUCUCUCUUUGCAAUAGCUAUAGAGAUAUACUGCACCAUCACAAGAAACCCUUCUAUCAAAAGGGGUCAGAUGAAGACUCAAGUACAAUGGAUGCAUAUAUCAUGCAUUCGCUUAAUCAUGUUUUCAGAACUAAGGAUCUUAUCUCUAAAAAUGAUGCGAAAUUGUCCAAGAACUGGGAAACUGCUAAAGAGGAAGUCAUAACUAGUGACAAUUUUCUCGAUCAAGGCUUUACUCGACCAAAAGUGUUGAUUCUGCUGCCACUAGCAAGUGUUGCUCUCCGUCUUGUGAGGAGGCUUAUACAAUUGACGCCUUCGUCACAUAAGGCCAAUGUGGAAUAUAUGGAUCGGUUUGUGGAGCAAUUUGGAGGUGAUGAAGAAGACGAGGAUGAUGCCGAGGCUAAGAAUUCAAAGCACAAGAAGCCUUCAAAACCUUCUGACUAUCAAGCACUUUUCGGUGCUAAUAAUAAUGACCAUUUUAUGGUCGGGAUAAAAUUUUCCAGGAAGAGUAUAAGGUUGUACAGUGAUUUCUAUUCUUCAGACAUCAUCGUUGCCUCACCUCUUGGCUUGAUUACUAAAAUUGGGGAAGCUGAGGCAAAGAAGGAAAAAGAUGUUAACUAUCUUUCUUCAAUAGAGAUUCUAGUUGUAGAUCAUGCAGAUGUAAUUUCUAUGCAGAACUGGUCCCACUUAAAUACAGUCGUUGAACAUCUUAAUCUCCUGCCUUCUAAGCAACAUGAUGGUGAUAUCAUGCGUAUCAGACAAUGGUACCUGGAUGCACAUGCACAGUUUUACCGACAAACAAUAAUAUUAAGUUCUUAUUUAAAUCCAGACAUAAAUGCUUUGUACAAUCGCCAUUGUCUUAACUUUGAAGGGAAGCUAAGGUUGUCUUGUGAACACAAAGGUGUGUUGCCAAAAGUUGUACUGCAAGUGAGACAGGUUUAUGAGCGCUUCGAUUCUGAUUCCAUAGCGGAAGUUGAUGAUGCUCGUUUGGAUUACUUUAUCAAGAAGAUAUUCCCAAAGAUAAAAGAUACCAUCCAGGGUGGAAUUAUGCUGUUUAUAAGUUCCUACUUUGAAUUUGUCCGCAUCAGGAAUUUCUUAAAGUCGCAAAAUGCAUCUUUCUGCCUGCUGUGCGAGUAUACAAAGCAAAGUGAUAUAUCUCGUGCAAGAAAUUGGUUCAUCAAGGGGGAGCGAAAGAUCAUGCUCUACACUGAGAGAGCUCACUUUUACCAUCGCUACAAGAUCCGUGGCAUCCAGAAUCUAAUUAUUUAUUCUCUACCCGAGAGGAAAGAAUUUUACCCUGAGGUUCUCAAUAUGCUUGAAGGAUCUCGUGACAUGACUUCUACUGUACUCUUUUCGAGAUUUGAUCAGCUUAGGCUCGAGAGGAUUGUUGGAAGCGCUGCAGCAAAGAAGAUGACAUCAUCGGAGAAGGGCCUCUUUAUCUUUAAAUGAUAGAAUUUUGCUUGCUUGUUUUAUGAAUUUGUAGCAUGCAGAAGGGUUGCCCUAAAUGCUGUUAGGUAGAAGAUUGUUUUUUUUUUUGUCUAUCUGAGUGUAACAUGGUAGGGGUUGGUUGAUCGAGUAAUUCAACCAUUUUUGAGAAAUUUGAUUUUCUUGUAUAAUUUCAACAGUCCAAAGUAAAUUUUAUUUUAUCGUACCAGCUAUUCCAGUACUCUUU